UCCCAGACCGUGUCUAUCCGCCGUCAUCUGCCCCGAACAGUGUCGCGUUUUUGGGCGUUUUUUGUCGUUUUGGUGGGUCUUUUGGCCGCAUCGUUCCGCCCUUCUACCUCUCUGUUCUCGACGCCUCGCUCCUGUGUUGCGUGUGUCCUCCUCUCUGCCUCUGCCUGAGCUGAUAUCCUUCAGCGGCUCUGCCCACUUUCCUCUCAACCUGGUCUCUAGGUAUCAGGAAGUACGAGGGCGCCUUGAAGGCAGCACAAACCCACACAAUAACGCUCCUCUUCAGCACUAGGAGCAGCGGGCCAGCCUGCAGAGCGCUUCCGGAGGCGGAUUAUACCCACCUCUGCACGAAGCCCUAAUGCCAUCAGGAAGGAAUUUCCAUAACUCACCUCAAGGGAAGCACGUUUUGGAAGCAAACAAGUCUACCAUUAGGAGAAGCUUGGACGAGGAGAGAGAUGGAUAACACCAUGGUGACAUACAAUCUGGUUUUAACUUUUGUCAUUGCGGCUCUUUGGCGGGUUGGUGGCGUACCACUCACUUUCCCCGCGACGCAGUUAAAUUCAACAUCAUCAUCAAUCAUCAGCGAAGAUGAACUGACGAACAAUGUCACGGAUGCUGCCGUGGGAUCCCGGAUUUCAUCCCUAAUGACGCAUCUCCCAACUCUGAAAAACAUUGUCAUUUUCAUCUGCGUGUUAACAGCUGUUCUCAUCACGUGCCUGGUCAUCAAAGUGGUCAGAUCUGGGAGACGAAUCAGAAAAACACGGAAAUAUGACAUCAUAACGACACCUGCAGAGCAUGUCGAGAUGGCCCCUCUUAAUGAGGAGAACGACGAUGAUGAUGACUCAACCCUCUUUGAUGUCAAAUACAGGUGAAUCUCAGCAUGGACAUCGAUAUCUGAUAACUCCAGGACAACUCAAGUGACUUCCUGUAUUUUUUGUGUUGCCUAGUCUUACCAAAUCAACCACGUCACAUGCUGCUUGUGCAUGGCUUUUAUCUGUAUUUAAAGAACUGGAGCCACAUUGAUAUUACUGUUUGCUGCUGUGCUGACAAAUCUAUCAUAUGGCCCAAAUACCUGCCCAGUUCUUUAUACUGUUAAAGAUAAUGCUUCAUGUUGUGACUUGGAGUUCAGUCAUCUUCAUUCAAUCAACUUGUUACAUGGGAAUUAUGUUUUAUUUACAUUUAGUUUUUGAUACACUUGAGCUACAGUGUACAGCAUUGGGGCUGAGGAGUUCAUUGUAGGAAACAAGGCCUGCUUUGAAGCUAUGAUCUACCUAUAUUAAAAUGCAGGACUAAUCACACGUGAUUUGAGUGAAUAUAUUAUCUUUAAGUGAAUACUCGGUGGCCACUAAAGAUCAUCAGUUAAUGUAUAAAAUGUUAACAUGCAACACAAAUUUUGCAGAGAAUACUUUAUUCAAAUGUAAAAUUUGCACUCAGAAUCUAGUGAUAUACAGUAAUUGAUAUUUUUAACUAAACUUUCAUACCAAAUAUAUUUCUAUCUGCUAACCACUUUAUUGUGCAUAUGUACUGUAUAUAUACAGUAUAUACAUGUGUUGUUUUAGACAUUCCUGUUAGGCUACUGUCUCAGCUGAAGUGUUACGUUUCCAAGGUUUGACUGAAGUAUAUUGUGAUGUAUGGAAUUGUUGUGAAUGCUGUAAUCUCUUGGACAUUUGAGUCUAAAAUGGGGUUUUACCGUACUGACAAAAUCCUUAAAUGAUUUGGCCCAUUAGAUAAGUAUUAAAUUACUAUUAAAUUAAAAACAAUAACUGCUUUGUUACAUUUGUUACAUAUUUUAUUCAAAUACCAAAUACACAAUAAUCAAAAUGCCAGAUUUAAAGAAAAUUAAAGAAAAUGGCAGAGGAGUUUACAAACCUUCCCUGUCUCUUGUCUGCACCCUAAAAUGUAAUACAGUAAACUAACAACAAUGUAGAGUACUCCUAAAGUAGGUUCCUGCAGCAGAUGUGAGUGUGGGCCUUGUAGGUGACCUUCUGUUUUAAUCCAAAUUGUUAUUUGAUAGUCCCCCUUGGCCUACGGGUGCAGCUGUUUCCAAAUGACCCCCAGCUUUAGUGAACAGAAAAAAAUAAAUAUAAACUACAAUGGCCAAUCAUGUACAACCUAUUAACAUUUUCUUUCUGGGAGAAAGAGCAUUGUGUAUUUACCUUUGUUGUCACAGAAGACUGGAUAUAUUUAUUAUGUUAGAUAUACAAGCGGUAUGCAGGAGUGUGUAGAAAGGAUUUUUUAAUCAUACAUUGAAUCAUAUGUGAAUCAGAUUUUUUUGAUAUUAUGUCCUUUAGCAGACUGCUGGCUUAUUUCACGUGUUUUCCAUCAGAUUAUAUGACCACUGUUCAUUUCAGUACUGUGUCAUGUUUCAUUUUAGUCUUUCACUGUAUGUGCAGAAAACUGUAGAUUCAUUUUUGUGUAUAGUUAUCCUCAUCCAUCUUGGCAACAUCUGAUUUUAUUUCUUUGGUUGUGUGUGAAAUUGUGGAAAAAAAGCUUGUCUCAUCUAAAGAUGCUAUUUCUGGGCUUUCAUUAGAAUUGAAUCAUCUGCUGCAGAAAGUUCCUCUUGUAAAAUUAAUAAAAGUCAUCGUGGUAGCUAUUUGAAGACAAACUAAUCUCCCUGAUCCCACAUUUGAACCAAAUGAAGUUAAAUGUUCAAACUACUUUGGAAGUUUAUUGAAAACAAGUCACUACUUGGUUUUUGACACAGACGUGUAUAGGUGUUAUGUGUACCCACGGCUGUUUCCUCAGUUUCCAUUUCUUUGAAAACACUACUGAAAUAAAACUGCUUCCUUUGAAGUGUUAAACCGUU